AAUAUCCAUCCUUCUCUUCUUCGUUUCCGGUGAGAAGCGUGGCUCCGCGUUUUCGCUGAAUUUGCCAACAAUAUUGUAUUUAACAUCAUAUUUGCAGGCAGACGAUUUAAACGGCGAAUCCACAAUGGUGCAAGGAACUCUGUACACUUAUCCCGAGAACUUCCGGGCCUACAAGGCGCUCAUCGCUGCCCAGUACUCCGGAGCCCAGGUGAAAGUGGCCGAGAACUUCAAGUUUGGCGAGACCAACAAGUCGGCUGAGUUCCUCAAGAAGUUCCCCAGUGGCAAGGUGCCCGCUUUCGAGACCGCCGAGGGCCAGUUCCUGAGCGAGUCCAAUGCCAUCGCCUACUUGCUGGCCAACGAGCAGCUGCGCGGCGGAAAGUGCCCCUUCGUCCAGGCGCAGGUCCAGCAAUGGAUCUCCUUCGCCGACAACGAGAUUGUGCCCGCCUCCUGCGCCUGGGUCUUCCCACUGCUGGGCAUCCUGCCGCAGCAGAAGAACAGCACUGCCAAGCAGGAAGCCGAGGCUGUGCUGCAGCAGCUCAACCAGAAGCUGCAGGACUCCACCUUCCUGGCCGGCGAGAGGAUCACCCUGGCCGACAUUGUCGUCUUCAGCAGCCUGCUCCACCUGUACGAAUACGUGCUGGAGCCCAGUGUGCGCAGUGCCUUCGGCAACGUGAACCGCUGGUUCGUCACCAUCCUCAACCAGAAGCAGGUCCAGGCCGUCGUCAAGGACUACAAGCUGUGCGAGAAGGCCCUGGUCUUCGAUCCCAAGAAGUACGCCGAGUUCCAGGCCAAGACCGGAGCCGCCAAGCCCCAGCAGCAGCAGCAGCAGCAGAAGCAGGAGAAGAAGCCCAAGGAGAAGAAGGAGCCGGCUGCCAAGAAGGCCGCCGAGCCAGCCGAGGAAUUGGAUGCCGCCGACGAGGCCCUGGCCCUCGAGCCCAAGUCGAAGGACCCCUUCGAUGCGCUGCCCAAGGGCACCUUCAACUUUGACGACUUCAAGCGCGUCUACUCCAACGAGGAGGAGGCCAAGUCCAUUCCCUACUUCUUCGAGAAGUUCGAUGCCGAGAACUACUCGAUCUGGAUCGGCGAGUACAAGUACAACGAGGAGCUGUCCAAGGUGUUCAUGUCGUGCAAUCUCAUCACCGGCAUGUUCCAGCGCCUGGACAAGAUGCGCAAGGCGGCCUUCGCCUCCGUCUGCCUGUUUGGCGAGGACGGCAACAGCACCAUCUCCGGAAUCUGGGUGUGGCGCGGACAGGAUCUGGCCUUCACCCUGUCCCCCGACUGGCAGAUCGACUACGAGGUCUACGACUGGAAGAAGCUCGAUGCCAAGAGCGAGGAGACCAAGAAGCUGGUCACCCAGUACUUCUCCUGGACUGGCGCCGAUAAGGAUGGCCGCAAGUUCAACCAGGGCAAGAUCUUCAAGUAAACAGCUCAAGCAGCAGCACACAUUUAGACCAACAAAAACAAUAGCAGCAGUAACAAUAAAGUUUGAGAUUUGAAAUGCAGGAAGAGCACGAUGCCUAUGUCUUAAGUUCCAACUGAUAGUAUCCUAAAGAUAUCCAAUAUCUGUCGUGCUGCCUCUGGUUCGCUCGCAUCGUGUGUUUCGCCUUCCUCAUUUUGUACUGGAGAAUUUGUUUGAAGACCGCCUAGCAUAAAACACCAUGAUAUUGUCAACGGAACAGCCGCCUGCAGCCAGAAUAUAAUUUAUAAAAAAUAAAAGGUUUUCUAUUAAUAACGCCUUGUUCUUCAUUAA